AUGGCCAUAUCAAAGUAUCUCUCCCUCGCCACGCUCUCCCUGGCUACUCAUGCAGCCGCCCAGUCCGCAAACCCCGGAGUAGGCGCAAACCCCAAGGCCGAGGGAUCAACCGACGAAGUCACCCCAACCACCGGUCCAAACGGAUCUGAAGACUGGCUCAAUCAAGGCAUUGAGGACGGCGGCUGGAACCCACCCUUCCUAGCCCUGGAAGACGUCUCCCACAUCUCGCUCGACGACUUCUACAACGGCAUCGGCUCAGGCUGCAAGCAGUACGAUCAGUACUUCCAAAGCGCCGGAUCCAAGUACGGGGUGGACCCGGUAAUCCUAGCCGUGCUGGCCAUGCAAGAGUCGUCCUGCAAUGCCGAUGCAGGCGGGCCGACGCCGGGUUUGAUGCAGGUGUCCUGCGAGAACUACCCGAACGGCGAGUGCACGGAUUCCAUCCAGGAUAACGUCGAUGCGGGAACGCACUACCUUACCUCCCAGCUGGAUGGAUCGGAUGGCAAUGCGCUGAAGGCAUUGGGUUCUUAUAAUGGGUGGUUCACUGCUGGGAGUGGGCUGAAUGGUAAUAAGGGGCUGACGAAGGAUUAUCCUUGUUCGUCUGAGGGCCAGUCGAAUGGUGUUCCCCAGAACUUGGAUUACUUGCAUCAGGUGCUGAAUGGUUGGUUUAUGGGGUUGGAUGUUUAUGGUGAUGAUAACUGGAUUGGAUCUUACAAGUGUGAUCAGUCGUGUGAUAAUGGUAGCUUGUGUUAG